AUGGCUGCGUCAACAGAGACACCUCGCCAGGACACAUCAACAUCCAUCACUGCCUCACUCAACAAAUUGCCAUCGAAGCCACCAGCAACCACUUCAAACACUCUCUGUCACUCAUCUCGCCAGACCAGAGGAGAGGAGACGGUGGCAAGAGCAAAAUGGGCGGUGGCGAUAGCACCCUUCUUUCCCGCUGCAAUGCAACACAGCACAGCACCAUUUUCUAUAAAGAUGGAUUUUGUAAGCUCUGCCUUGUUCGUGCUGUUGGCAUGCACCACCAUCCAUGUCGCACUUUCAUUCCUAGGAAGAUGUAGAAAACCACACUACAAACUUCCACCAGGACCCUAUCCUCUUCCCAUCAUAGGAAACCUUCUUGAACUGAGUAACAAGCCCCACCAAUCAUUGGCUAAGCUUGCCAAGAUGCACGGCCCUCUAAUGAGCCUAAAGAUGGGCCAAAUAACUACCAUAGUGGUUUCUUCAGCUGAGAUGGCCAAAGAGGUGCUCCUAACCCAUGACCACUUAUUGUCAAACCGAACCAUUCCCCAAUCUGUGUCAGUUCUGAACCACGAGAACUAUAGCCUUGCCUUCAUUCCCGUUUCCCCUCUUUGGCGAGACUUGAGGAAAAUAUGCAAUGCCCAGUUGUUUGCACGCAACACUCUUGAAGCUAGCCAAGAUGUUAGGCGCAACAAAGUGCAACAACUCCUCUCUGAAAUCCACCAAAGCUGCCAAAACGGUGAAGCAGUGGAUAUUGGAACAGCAAUCUUCAAGACUACCAUCAACUUAUUAUCAAACACCAUUUUCUCUGUGGAUUUGGUUCAAUCUGCUGGCACAGCUGGAGAGUUCAAGGAAUUGGUCUCCAAUAUCACUGAACUGGUUGGAACACCAAACCUGGCCGAUUAUUUUCCUGUGUUGAAGAUGGUUGAUCCACAAGGCAUAAAAAAACGUCAGGCUAAGAAUGUUGCGAAGGUGUUGGACAUUUUUUACCGUUUGGUUGACCAACGGUUGAAGCAAAGAGAAGGCCCGCAUGCUGAUGUUCACAACGACAUGUUAGACGUUCUUCUCAACAUCUCUCAGGAGAACAAGAUGAUGGACACAACAAUGAUUCAACAUUUGUCACAUGAUCUGUUUGUUGCGGGAACUGAUACGACGACGUCUACACUGGAAUGGGCCAUGAGUGAGCUAGUACGCAAUCCAGAGACUAUGUCAAAGGCAAUAGAAGAGUUGGAGCUAAUGAUUGGCAGAGGUAACCCUGUUAAGGAAUCAGACAUUGCAAGACUUCCUUAUUUGCAAGCUAUAAUAAGAGAGACAUUUCGGUUGCAUCCACCAGUUCCAUUUUUACUACCUCGAAAAGCUGAGACAGAUGUGAACAUAUGUGGCUUCACAAUCCCAAAGGAUGCACAAGUGCUGGUGAAUGUGUGGACUAUAGGAAGGGAUUCGAGCAUUUGGGACAAUCCAAGUUCGUUUUAUCCAGAGAGGUUUCUAGAAGCAGACAUUGAUGUUAAAGGGAGGAAUUUUGAGCUGACACCCUUUGGUGGUGGGCGGCGAAUAUGUCCCGGCAUGCUCCUGGCUACGAGGAUGUUGUUGUUGAUGUUGGGUUCGUUGAUUAACUCCUUUGAGUGGAAACUUGAAGAUGGCAUGAAACUAGAAGAUAUGGACAUGGAUGAGAAAUUUGGGAUCACCUUACAAAAGGCUCAACCGUUACGAGUUGUUCCUGUCAAAAUAAACAAUUAA